CGUGGCCGGGAGGCGUGGCCGGGCGCGGGGAGGGCUGCGGCGUCCCGGGGCGAGGCGCUGACGUGAGCUCGGCGCACCUGGGCCGGGCAGGUAAGGGCUGGUGCGGGACCGGGAGAGGAGCCCGCAGUCCCUACCUGCGCAGAGCCGGGCGCCCCUUGGCUGAGCCGUCGAGCAGCGUGGUGGCGGCGGGGGAACUCAGCUGCGGACUUGGUUCAGAGGGAUCUCUGCUUCUGGUAGCCGGGUUGAGGACAGUACAGAAUCUUUGGGUGGCUGAGAGAAAGGGAAGCUGACUCGAGAGACCCAGCUCUUCAGAUCUCCGUGGACACACUGCCUGCUCUUCCGUAUCAUGGCCCUCCACCCCCGCAGAGUCCGGCUGAAGCCCUGGCUGGUGGCCCAGGUGGAUAGUGGCUUGUACCCGGGGCUCAUCUGGCUACACAGGGACUCCAAACGCUUCCAGAUUCCCUGGAAACAUGCCACCCGGCAUAGCCCUCAGCAAGAGGAGGAAAAUACCAUUUUUAAGGCCUGGGCUGUAGAGACGGGGAAGUACCAGGAAGGGGUAGAUGACCCGGAUCCGGCUAAAUGGAAGGCCCAGCUCCGCUGUGCUCUCAACAAGAGCAGAGAAUUCAACCUGAUGUAUGAUGGCACUAAGGAGGUGCCCAUGAACCCAGUGAAGAUAUACCAAGUGUGUGACAUCCCCCAGCCCCAGGGCUCGAUCAUUAACCCAGGAUCCACGGGGUCUGCUCCCUGGGAUGAGAAGGAUAAUGAUGUGGAUGAAGAAGAUGAGGAAGAUGAGCUGGAUCAGUCACAGCACCAUGUUCCCAUCCAGGACACCUUCCCCUUCCUGAACAUUAAUGGUUCUCCCAUGGCGCCAGCCAGUGUGGGAAACUGCGGUGUGGGUAACUGCAGCCCUGAAGCAGUGUGGCCCAAAACCGAACCUCUGGAGAUGGAAGUGCCCCAGGCACCUAUACAGCCCUUCUACAGCUCUCCAGAGCUGUGGAUCAGCUCUCUCCCAAUGACUGACCUGGACAUCAAGUUUCACUACCGUGGGAAGGAGUACGGGCAGACCAUGACCGUGAGCAACCCCCAGGGCUGCCGGCUCUUCUAUGGGGACCUGGGUCCCAUGCCUGACCAGGAGGAGCUCUUCGGUCCCGUCAGCCUGGAGCAGGUCAAAUUUCCGGGUCCAGAGCAUAUCACUAAUGAAAAACAGAAGCUGUUCACCAGCAAGCUGCUGGAUGUCAUGGACAGGGGACUGAUCCUGGAGGUCAGCGGUCACGCCAUUUAUGCCAUCAGGCUGUGCCAGUGCAAGGUGUACUGGUCUGGGCCAUGUGCCCCAUCGCUUGUUGCCCCCAACCUGAUUGAGAGACAGAAGAAGGUCAAGCUGUUUUGUCUGGAAACAUUCCUUAGUGAGCUCAUUGCCCACCAGAAAGGACAGAUAGAGAAGCAGCCACCAUUUGAGAUCUACUUAUGCUUUGGGGAAGAAUGGCCAGAUGGGAAACCCUUGGAAAGGAAACUCAUCUUGGUUCAGGUCAUUCCGGUGGUGGCUCGGAUGAUCUACGAGAUGUUUUCUGGUGAUUUCACACGCUCCUUUGACAGUGGCAGUGUCCGCCUGCAGAUCUCCACUCCAGACAUAAAAGAUAACAUUGUUGCUCAGCUGAAGCAGCUGUACCGCAUCCUUCAAACCCAGGAAAGCUGGCAGCCCAUGCAGCCCACCCCCAGCAUGCAGCUGCCCCCUGCGCUGCCAGCCCAGUAAUCAGGAACGCCAUCUGCUUCCUUUUCCUUUUUACACUUUUGUACAUAUGGAUAUUUUUUAUUAUUCACAUUUAACCAGCUUUUGAAUCUCUUUUUCCUCUAACAAUUUUAGAAGUCUGUGAUUCUCCAAAUAUGCCUAGAUUUAACGUUGAUUUAAUUUAUGGAAAAAUCACCCUUCAGACUUCCCUUUUCUUUUUUCAACUUCCCAAUGGUAGUAUGAUAUAGUAGAAGGAGAUUUGGCCUGGGAGUUCAGACACCAGGGUUCUAGCUGCAGCUUUGCUUCCAAAGUGACCUUGAACCAGUCUUUUUACCUCUGGGGUUCAGAUGUAUCUUCUUGUAAAGUGAAGAGAUUGGAAUGGUGCCUGAAAUUGCAUCCAGCUUUCAAACUCUGACUCGAUGACUUUAUUCUACUUGUACAAGGCCAAACUGCCUGGAACAGAACUCUUCUGCAUUGCUUUUGUACCACAUUUUUUUUUUUUCUUGCUUUCAUUAAAGUUGCCUCAAGCGCUGA